AUGAGUUUUUACUACUGGAAUACGAUUAGGUACCUAGGAAGGAUCACAAAAAUGAGCGAUAGAUUGUGUGGCGUUUGUGGGGACAGAGCAUUGGGCACUAAUUUCGGUGCCCUUACCUGCGAGUCCUGUCGCACGUUUUACCGCAGAAAUUCACACCGAUCUCAGGAAAAGUCUCACUCCCGUAGAGAAAGGGAGACAAUUAUCAAAUAUAGUGGAAAACAUAUGAGACCUGAAGAGCGCACGCCAUCACAGGUGCCGACUGUAAGCUCGGCCACAGAUAUAACGCAUUACUGGCCGAGCGAUGAGAGCAACUUCAGUAACAACAGCAACAAUAACAACACCAUUAGACACGUCGACAGCCGUGUCAUUCAUCAGAUCCCAGACAUUAUCAAAGGAUUGGUCUUUAAUUUUAAUGAUAGAGAAAUGAAUGGAUUGAGAGAUUUGUUUAAAUCCGCGCUUUAUAUGAGAGAUCCAGUGGUGAGCAUAACAUCGGAGGCGAACACAUUUCCCGAAGCCUUCCGAGUCCUGCAAAUCAGAUCCGAUAUAAAGUGUCGGCGAAUAAUCAAAAUGUGUAAAACAAUGACCGCAUUCAGCGAGUUGUGCGAAACCGACCAAAUAGUCCUAUUGAAGACCUGUUGUCCGGAGAUUAUAUGCCUCUUAAGUGUUGUCACAUUUAAUUUUGACGGCGAAUUCUGGACCGUUUAUAUUGACUCGGAGAAUGCGGCCACUUUGAAGUUAGAUAUGUUAAAGUAUGGCCAAUGGAAUCUCUAUGAUCUACAAAAAAGUUUCAUGGUUAAACUUAACGAUGAGUACAAUCGAGACAUGAAUCUUAUGGACAUGUUAAUGGCUAUCGUAUUAUUUAAUCCCAAUCGACCAAGCCUGAAACGAAGAGAGCUAAUUGGACUUCAAAGGGAAACAUAUAUUUAUUUACUUAAACGAAAUAAAACAUAA